UUCCCAACUUGCCAAUUUGCAAAACAACUCUUCAUUUGCAUAACUGCCAGAAGUCAGCAGUUAUUCAUCGUCGCCGGAGAAGGCAAUUAAUUACUAGUUAUAAGUGCUUAAGACAUACUUUUAUAUUUGUGUGGAGAUGGAAAGAACAGCAACCUACGAGAAGGAUCUCAAUCUUAAGGCAACUGAACUAAGAUUAGGUUUGCCUGGAAUAGAUGAACCAGAGAAACAAUCUUCUUCUGCUUCUACUAGUGCUAAAUAUAGCAAGAAAAGAACAUCAUCAGAGAUGGAUAACUCAUCUAGUGGAAAGGAAAAUGAACAAGACUCAGCCCCAGCACCAAAAGCACAAGUUGUUGGCUGGCCACCAGUUCGAUCUUACAGAAAGAAUGUGUUACAAAUCAAGAAAUCCGAGUCUGAUAAUUCCUCAGGGAUGUACUUAAAAGUUAGCAUGGAUGGAGCACCUUACUUGAGGAAAAUUGACCUUAAGGUUUACAACAGUUACCCAGAGCUACUCAAGGCUUUACAAAACAUGUUCAAGUGCACCAUUGGAGUAUACACAGAAAGAGAAGGAUACAAUGGAUCUGAUUAUGCACCAACAUAUGAAGACAAGGAUGGUGAUUGGAUGCUAGUUGGAGAUGUACCAUGGGAUAUGUUCCUUAACUCUUGCAGAAGGCUUAGAAUUAUGAAAGGAUCUGAAGCUAAAGGUUUGGCAUGCCUAUAGGUUGUGGACAUAGGCCUUAAAAUUUAAAAUAGAAAAGGAUCCAUGAAAUAUAUGUCCUUAUAAAGCAACAGCUUUAUAAUUGGGGUUUUAACAUGGAAUUACAUACAGAUAGCAGAUCUAGGAUGAACAAGAGAAAGACAAGAUCUUGUAUGAUUUCAGUUUUGUAACUGCUAGCCCAGCAACGCAUAUACAGUUGCAUGGGAUAGAUCUAGAUCUAAGCUUGUACAAAAAGUUCUUUUUUUUUCCUUUACUUUUUUCAAGAAUCUACUUUGUAUUAUUUACGAUAGGAGUAUAUAUAUAUACCGGAAUACAAAAUUUAGCAAAGA